UUAGCCUGCCCCCGCCAUAGCGUCGGACCUCGCAUCGGCUUUUAGUCCAGAGACAGAGACACGGCCGUCGGGCGCCAUGGCGGCUGAGCCUGGCAAAGAAACUGUCGCACCGGCUCCGCCACCACGAGAACCUAAAACCGUUGACGGAAGACCUGCUGAAGCUGAAAUCGCCGACCUCGUCGCACCUCUUACAAGCGAGCCGGCGGAGGCGCCGCAUGCCGUGGUGGAGCCAGGCGAAGAAACUACCACACCACCUCCACCUCCACCUCCGCGAGAAACCGAACCCACCGACGGCGUUGCUCCCGCGCUCGACCCCGCACUGCCCACGGCCGAGUCGGCUCGCCGGGCGCCGCCACAAGAGAAGCCUGACGCCGCUGCGGCUGGCCCCCCGGAGCAGACGACGACGGAGGCAGGCGGCCUGCCACCUACGCCAACCAAGGCGGAGGAAGUGGCCGCAUUGCCUCCGCCUGCCGAGAAGCCGUCGCUGGGGAGGGUGGUGACGGCGGCGGUUGAAGCCGAGAAGCAGCUCCCCGUAGCUGCUGCGCCUGCGCCACCACAGCAACAGUCGCCGCCGCAGCAGCAGCAAGAAAGCGGCACUGCGAAAGAAGCAUCCUCGGUUCACGCGGAGAAGAAGGACGCGGCACCGGUAGCAGCGCAUGAGGGAGAGGAGAAGAAGCCGGGGGAGAAGCUCGCGGCACUGGCGCCGAUGGCGCAGGAUGGACGUCGCGGGUGGCGACAUCUCCAGGCCGCCGUGCGCUUGAUCUUCCUCCGCUGCAAGAGGGCUCCGCGCGGAGAUCAGAGCACUCCACAGUCUCCAAUGCCCGAAGACAAAGGAGGAGAGACGAAGCCGCCGGCGUCAGUGCAGGAGGAAAAGAAGCCGACGCUGGCGGACGAAGGGGAGACUAAGCCGCCGGCGCCGGGCGGCGAGCAGCAGGCGUCAGGGCAGGAGCAAGUGGCCACAUCGCCUCCGCCUCCGCCACCGCCAACCGAGACAUCGUCACUGGAGAGGGCGGCGACGGCGGCUGAGGCUGAGAAGCCGCUCGCCGCACCACCACCACAGCAGCCGCCGCAGAAGGAAGAAGGCGGCGCUCCCGGACAAGCCUCCUCUGUCCAAGAGGAGGAGGAGAAGGGCGCGGCACCGGCAAAGGCGCCGGAGGGAGAAGAGAAGCCGGCGCGCCGUCGGUGGCGACGUUUCAAGGCCGCAGUGCUCCUGCUCUUCCUCCGUCCUAAUAGCUCUCCCCGGCACGGAGAUCAACUGUCCAUGGACAAAGAAGAUGAGGUGCAGCCGCCGGCGCCGGCCGGCAAGCAGCCGGCGUCAGGGCUGGAGGACAGGAAGACAAUACAGGCGGAGAAGCCACAACGGAAGGACAGCGCUGUAGGUGUUCCCGCUGAGCCUCACAAAGGCGAGAUGAAGCCGUCGGCACCGGAUGGCGAGGUGCCGGCGUCAGGGCAGAAAGAGCAGAAGCCGGCGACGGCGCCGAAGCCGUACGGGAAGGACAGCACCGGCGGUGUUCUUGACAAGCCUGGAGUUAAGCGGAAGGAUGAACGUGGAGAAAGCAAGCGCCGCCACGACGAGAGCCAGGCUGGCGCCGUCGCUGGAGGCGACGCCGGCCCUGAAGGAACGCCGGCGGGGAACACGAAGACGACAUCACCCCCCGGCUCUUUGGCGAAGAAGUUUCAGAAGGCGGUCAAGCGGCUCCUGGGCAUCUUGUCGUGGUACAAAGAGCACCGCUCGUCGAGGGUGGGCGGUGAGCCUCAGGCAGGGGCGCCGCCGAUGGAGGAGGGCAAAGGCGCUGACGAGAUCAAGCCGGCUACGGCGCCGGAUGGUGACAAAGGCGCCGACGCCGGCACCAAGCCGUCGCCGGCGGACGGGAAGCAGCCGGCGUCAGGAUCGGAGGAGGAGAAACGGAAGAAGUGGGAACGGGAGGAAGAACGGCUUGAGGAGAUCCUCGAGGGUGCUUUCACGAGGCUCCUCGCGGCGGAGUACCACCAACUCCGGCCCAUCAGGAAGAAAUGCCUCCUCACCUUCUCCGUCUUCGACCUCGCCUCCGAGGUGAAGAAGCAAGUCAUGGUCUACUGGUGGGUCUCCGAGUUCAACCUCCGGCACCGGAGUGAUCAAUCAGUUAAAUCAGCUGCAGACGCGGCGCCGACGGAGACAAGAAGAAGCACCUGCUGGCAGGCACGUAAAACUGCUGCUGCUGCUGCUGCCGCCGGCAGUGGAGGCCAUCCACCGGCACCGGAGGGUAGUAAAGCCGAAGAUCACGGCGGCAAGCCUGACGCCGAGGCGGAGGGCAUAUUCUCCGAGCUCUCCAGCCAUGGCUUCCUCGAGCCGAUGAAGAACUGGUGCAGCAGGGUGAUCCAUGGCUGCAAGGUGAACCCCCUGGUGCACUGGAUGCUGAAGCGCCGGGCAAGGGAUGACCGCUUCGCCGACCUGGACGUGAAGGGAAGCCCGGCGGACUUGCAGCACAGUUCCAGCAUCCUCUGCCUGACGGCGCGCAACCGUGAACUGCUACAGAAGAUGCGCAUGGCAGAUGAGUCACAACAGGCCGGGAAUAAAACCGACACAACAACAACAACUUCCCAGCAGAAGCCUGGAGCUCCAUCCCAGGACAAGGCGCCAGACCAGGACCCAAAAAACACUGAGUCCAUCCCUAUUGAAGAGAUUGCAAAAUUAUUCAAACGAAAGCAAGUAAUCCUCAAUGUCAAUGCACAUGUGUACCCAGUCUCGAAGUCCACAUUCUUUCACCUUGCCGACAGCUUGGUUGUGCUGCAGCUCGGCCGAUGGUGUAACCUCGAUGACAAGACAUACAUGGAGGUGGAUGGCCUAGAGUCUUUGAGUACCAUUGGCUUACUCAAGAACCUCCGGUAUCUUAGUCUCCGUGGGUUGUCACGGCUAACGGAGCUCCCAAAAGGGAUCCGAUGGCUUAGGAAACUUGCAAUCUUAGACAUGCGUGGUUGCCAAAACCUUGUCAAUGUGGCAUCAAAGAUCACCACACCAUUGAAGCAGCUUACCCAUUUGGACCUCACUGAGUGCUACAUGUUGGAACAUAUUGGCCGAGGAAUCACCUCUGUCUCAGAGUUGCAGGUGUUUAAGGGCUUUGUGUUUGCAACUGGAACACAAGGUAAUAAGGCAUGCCGAUUGCAGGACCUCAAGAGGUUGAGGAAGCUCCAAAAGCUCACUGUUAGAAUCACCACUGAUGCUAAUGUAGGAAGGAGUGAGAUGGCAGAGCUUAAGCAUCUCACCAGCCUUCGUAAACUCACAAUCACAUGGAGUGAGAUACCAAGCAUAUUAGAUGGUGACUCAGACACGGUGAAAGGUAGGCGUGCCGAACUUAUUGAGAAAUGGACCAGCUUUGAGCUGCCACAAGAGCUUUUGAAACUGGAUCUUCGGUGCUAUCCUAAGAAUGAGCUAAAACUCAAAAAGCACCAGAAUCUCAAGAAGCUUUAUUUAAGAGGUGGAGAUUUGGAAAGAUUUUCAAUUGGUGAUGAAUCAAAACCGAUUAAUUCCUCCGAAAAAACAAACUCCAUCAAGACAUUGCGUCUAAGGUACUUAAAAAACUUUAGUAUGGAAUGGAAAGAUAUUCGUUUAUUAUUGGGGGAUAUUGAAUACAUGGAAAUUGUGACUAAGGAUGAAAAGCUAAUGAAGGAUGUGAAUAAGGAUCAAAAGGAUAUAGAGGAAGAGAGCAAGCUUGUGAAGGAUGUAGAAAUAAAGGGUCAAAAGGAUAGAGGGGAAGAGCCCAAGCCUGUGAAGGAGAAAAAGAUAAUAUACUCUACUUUGGAUGAGAAUGGGGUAUGGGUGAAGGAUCAGAAGGAAGAGGAUAACCUAAGGUUGAUUGCACAAGCUAGCAAGGAAAAAGAAGCUCAGGAUGCCAUGGAAAAGAGCAAAGUUUCAGGACCUAUUGAAGAUCCUAACAAAGCUGCUAGCAUCGUCAAAGAUGCCAAUGAGGAUGACAAUACUAGAAAAAGACAAUCAGAGGGCAAGCAAGAACAUGUAGCAACUGAUGAGGUGCCACAACAGUUGAAGACAGAACCAACUCCCACAGUUUAGAGAGUGCAAUCAUCUUUUAUAAUGAUGAUACAGACAUCAAAGGGCGGGGAGGUGGUGUCAAUGGCCCAUGAUAGCACAUUACUGGUCAUGUAUUAGGCAUUAUGGAGGAGAUUACAUAUCCAUAAAACUAGAGGCUCUACAAUACAAUAUUAUUAUGACAAAGAAGCUUUAUGUGUUAGUGAUUUUGAAGAAGAUGUAACACCCUAAUUUUCAAAUUUAGCAAUUAAUAAAAUUUGUUAGAAUUUAAUUGCAUAUGUCUAAGGAAUUUUAAGGUCCUAUUUAAAUUUUCUUAGGCAAUUAACUCUUUUUCAAAAUAAAUUAAUGAAUAAUAGGAAUUCAUUGUUUCAUUCAUGCUGGUGAUUGUUUUUAUUGCUUGAAUUCAAAUUUAUGUUUGAAUUCAUUUGUUUGAAUCUUUUAAACAAUAGGAAAACCUUUUCUUUCCCCCUUUUUUUCCUUUCGGCCCGCUUUUUCUUUCUGGCCCAGCCGCAGCAGCAGCGCAGCACCAGCAGCAGCCCAGCAGGCCGGCUCGCCUUUGCCUCGGCCAUAUUCUCGCGUCGGCCCGCUCCAGCACCCCUCCUCCACCUCACCUGCCGACAAGUAGACCCCACUAGUCAUCCUCCUCCUCUCGCUCUCGCCCGCGCCGUGCUCGAGCCAGACUCGAGUCCAAGCUCGUGCUGCCCCCGCGCGCACGUCCGCCUUGACCUUGGGCCCGCACGCCAAGGCCAGCCCCCGGGUUAUAAAAGGCCGCUGCCACCCCCCUCAGCCUCACCAAACCCUAAGCCGCCACCUCGAGCUCCAGCGCACGCUGACCACCAUUGAUCUCCGCCGUUGUCGCCCUUCCGUUGACAAGGACACUGCUCGAAGCACCGCAAGGAAGUGAGGAGGCCGCCCAUGAAGUACCCACGCUCUCCCGUGUUUUCCUCCACGCGGACAAGCUCGCCGGAGACAUGUGCCGCUGCGUCGUGCCACUCCGCCACGUCACCUUGCGCCGUCGCCACGCCAACCACCACGACAACACCCUAGAUGUGUUCGCCGUGCGCUUCGCUUCCUCUAGGGCUACAUCGCAUUGCAAAACGAGCCCGGACGCUCGAUUUCGAGCGAGUUCCAGCGAGUCACCGCCACCACCGCGCGCCGCCGCUUUACCGCCCGUGCGCUCCUCGUCGAGUCCUAGGCGUCCGCAGUCGCUCGAUCUUGAUCCGAUGGUCUGGAUCAGAUCUGACCCGAGUCAAUACCGAUCAACCCCCGCGCCGUGUCGGUCUUUGCUAAAUAGUCCCGGAGUUUUAUAGUUUUUGCGUCACGGUCCAGCGUAGUUCAAAAGUAAUUAGAUCUGGGUUCUUUUUCUUCUGUUUUAGCCCCUGAUCUUCCGCAAAAUAGUGCUCGCCAUCCUAGCCUUGCUCUUUUGUGUGUUAAACCUUCAGUUUAUAUGCGUAUUUAUGUUUUAGCUCUCAGUUUCUUCAAGUUUAGCCCCUGGAAGUUUAGUUUUCUUGCAGAUAAGCCCCUACACCUUGUUUAGUUCAUAUCUUAGAUUCGUUUUAAGCAUUUCUUGCAUCUAUGAGUUCGUGUUGACGCAUAGAUUAGUUUUAUGAUCUUAUUUUGCUUUGUUGCUACUAUUUGGUGUAUUGUUUUCUUA